AUUAUUUGUUAAUGAUUUUUAUUUUGAACUAAUCUCAAAAGGAGAAUUGAUAUAUCUCUUUCUGGAAUCACAAUCACUCACAUCAUAUACAUUUCAUAUACCACCAUGAAACUAUGUUGACUCCAACGGAAACGGAUGAAAUUUGGAUAAGUUUUCUUUCGAAUUUCAUCACACCCAUUUUUCUUUUCUCCUCGAUUCAAUUCAAUUCAAUUUUUUUCCCCAACUGACCCAAUAUUUUGAGCAAUCAAAGAAAAUCACAUUUUCAUAAUAGCGUUUUCUCUUCGAUUUGCCGUUUUUUCUCGGCUUCUUUUCCACCCAAUUUCGUUGAAGAUGGAUGCGUUUUGCCGUUUUCGUCAACUCUUCAAAAAAAUUUCGUUUAUCAAUGGACUUCUAGGCUUUUCUAUUCGUCGUCAUCAGAUUUUCCUUUAAAUUCAUUAAACUAUUGCCUCCUCCCUUUUUUGAUCUCAUGUUGUACGGCAUGAGGAGAAUAAUAUUAAUCUAGAAUAUAUUCAUUUCAUUCGUCACUUUGUCAUUCUAUUUCCUCAUUCUUUCAUGAUUUGUGUGCACAUUAUUUGACGCUGGAAAUGUCAUCCCAGCAGCAGAAUUCUGAUUCAAAUGGCGUUUCAGGUGCCUGCCUCUUUGAUCUCCUGUUUCCAGAUUCAGAAAUGCAAGGCUGGGACUGGAGUCGGAUGCCCUCUGAUUCAGAAACACAACGCUGGAAUUGGAAGAAGGACCAACAGCUUUCUGGCCCCCAGAAAAGGUUGGAAGAUCUGUUGCAGCAAUCUGGUAAUAUGUUUUGUGCAGAUUGCGGAUCACCGGAUCCAAAAUGGGUAUCGUUAAAUUUGGGAGUGUUUAUUUGUAUAAAGUGCUCUGGAGUACACAGAAGUCUUGGAGUUCACAUCUCUAAGGUUUUCUCAGUGAAACUAGAUAAUUGGACGGAUGAGCAAGUCAAUACUUUCACGAGCAUGGGUGGAAAUAUAGAUGUAAACAGGAAGUAUGAAGCUGGCAUCAUCGAUUUGAGCCGAAAACCGAAACCAGAUUCUUGUAUAGAGGAGCGCUUUGAUUUUAUAAGGAGAAAGUAUGAACUGCUACAAUUUUAUAACGCCAGUAGUAGUCAAAGUUCUAGUGAUAAUAACUCAUUUAGUAAAAGAAGUUCAUCAUGCCCACAAAGUAGUAACUCUUCAAGCAAGAAUAGUAGCCACGACAAAAGACACUAUGAGAAACAAGCUACUAGGCAUCGCAUUGGCCAUGCAUUUCGUAACAGUCGGGGAAGACGAGAUGGUGACCACCACCACAAGAAUUUUGAGAAGAGCAGCCUUGCAGUCUCAAGACAAGCAUCGGCAGGUAUGGUUGAAUUUGUUGGCUUGAUUAAGGUCAAUGUGGUUAGAGGGACAAACCUAGCUGUCCGAGACGUGGUGACCAGCGAUCCCUAUGUAAUUCUCUCGUUAGGGCAUCAAUCUGUGAGGACUCGUGUCAUAAAGAACAACCUAAACCCAGUUUGGAAUGAGAGCCUAAUGUUGUCGAUUCCUGAGCAUAUCCCUCCACUAAAACUGCUUGUCUAUGAUAAGGACACGUUUUCAACUGAUGAUUUUAUGGGUGAAGCUGAAAUUGACAUUCAACCAUUGGUCGCAGCGACCAAGGCGUAUGAGAAGUCCACAAUUGAUGAAUCAAUGCAGUUGGGAAAAUGGGUGGCAAGUAAUGACAAUACUUUGGUAAAAGAUGGAAUCAUUAACCUUGUAGACGGAAAGGUCAGACAGGACAUAUCUCUUAGAUUGCAGAAUGUGGAAAGAGGUAUCCUCGAGAUUGAACUAGAAUGCAUUCCUCUUACGCAAUAGCAGCUGAUGCGUGGUGAAGUUAUUGAAAAUCAUAUCAUUUUAGUUCCAAAAGAACUAUUUUAUAUUAAGUCAAUUUCUUUGUUGGCUAUGAUGGAGGAGGGCACCUUCAAAUGGGCUUUUCAUAGCAAGGGGAAAAAAAAAAGAGAUAACGUUCCUUGUGUAGCUGUUGUAUAUUAUUGAUAUUUGUGAUGUGUAAAUAAGAUGUGGUGGAAUAUAUGAUAGAUUAAUCUGCCCUUGUUUAUGUA